UAGCGAGCAGCACCUCCCCACCACCAAAUGGACGCCACCACGCCGCGGCGAAGUAACGCUGGAUCGCCUGCUCCGCAGUCAAAUGCCGCUGCUGCUGCUGCUGCCGCCGCCGCUUCUGCUGCUGCCGCUGCCGCCUCUGCCGCUGCCGCAGCUGCGUCUGGGACAGCGUCGCCCGCGUCGUCGCUUGCCGCGUCGCUGCUGGGCGGGUCGUCCGUCCUCGCCGUCGCGUCACCGGGCAUGUACAUUGAAAACCUCUUCGUUUAUAACGCGAUCUUCGGUCCGACAGAAGAGACCGAGCACGAGAAGAUUGUCUUCUACCACCCGAGCGACGUCCCGCUCGACACCAAGAUCAAGCAAGUCGGUCUCUGUGAAGCCCUUGUCAAGUUUGCCGCAACAUUCUCGGUGGACAGGCCGUGCGAAAGCAUGCAUAGCAUGAGGUCCAGGCAGGUCUUCUUUGAGCCAGAGCCGGAAUACUGGAUGGUCAUGACGGUCACGGUGCCAGUCACGUUGAAGACAGGCAAGGACGGUCGCCAAGUGGAAGAAUUUGCAGAAGAGGAUGUCCAGGACAACAUUCUGCUCACUGCAUUGCAUCAGAGUUAUGCCAUGUUCAAGCUCUUCAAUGGCCGAUUCACGGACAUUUACUCGCAAUUCAGUCUCAAGAUCUUGAGGCACAAGCUGCAAGAGUUCUUUCCCCGCUAUUUGACGUCUCUUCGAACAGAGCACUUUGAUUUGCUGACUGCCUGCAACGGCAUCCAGUUCAUGCCGCUGGACAAGAACACUUAUCUUCGAGUGCAAUGCUUUGUCAACCUGACCGAAACCACCUUUCCCCAAAUCAAGCAUACCGUCUUCCUGCACAACGAGCACCUAAUAUGGUCGGGCCUCGAGCAAGACGAUAUGCGCACGCUGUAUCGACUGCUGACGAGUGGGUUCUUGUCGGCCACGCUCACGGGCAGCUCUGAGCCUGGAAGUCGAACGACAAAGGGUGGAAAGGCAUCCGCGACAGGCGGCAGCGGCAGCGGAACAAACAUUAGUCUUUUCCAGCAACAACAGCAAGCAGCGUUGCGCGAAAUGCAACCCUUCCUGCUGUCAAACCGUGUGGGAUACAUCACUGGUCCUGAGGACUUGUCCGAUCCCGACACCCCCGUCAAUGCGCCCCAAUUAUUUGUCGAAUCGGCCCAGGACGGCGAGUCGCUUCACCUUAUCAUUUAUCAGUCUAAUAACGCCAUUGUCUGCUUCCUCGUGGACGCAUCGGUCCACUUUGACAUUAAAUUCUACCGCGACCUGGACAGCUACAUUGCACCGCAAGUGCGGGGGCUGUCUGAGACGAUUUCCGAACACUUGGCCAAGCGGAGCGCAGUCGAGAGCCACUACCGCUACAUUUACUACAACCACAUGAACCUGGCGCUCAAAUCGACCAUGCACAACAAGCGGCAGCUUACCGUGCCGCCAGAUGUGUUGCGGAUUCUGAGCGACAUGCGAUCCCAUUUCGAAAAAUCUCCACUGACGCACGAGCUUGUGGUCAAAAUGCUCAGCGACUGCUGGGUUGUUGGUCGCAAAUCCGAACAACGUGAAAUCUUUGUCAUGCUUCAGCAGAAGAAUGCCAAUCUCAUUGAGAUCAAUGACGAGGUCCGGCGGCUGUGCAUGACCUUGUUCAACAACAUUUUCCUGGAGUAACUUGUUCGAUCUGCGAAGAUUGUUGUUUUUUCUCUUGUCUUUCCUUGGUGUCUUGUUUUUGUUUUGUUUGUUAUUUUUUUUUCCAACUCUUUUGCCCAAAACUUUUGUUCAUCGUAUUACACUUUUUAUUCUC